AAGCCGCAUCAGUCCCGGACACAACGCUGCACGGUACGGUUGAGAUUUUCUGUUCAGUUCCGCUCUCUACGUGUGUAUGUUUUUUGCCAAGAAAUAGUGAUUUUUCAAGUUUUUCUUAAUAUCAGCUAGCAGUAGGUAGUUCGGAAGUGGCAGGCAGAUCCCUCGCGACAGGUCGUGCAAGUGUGGUUUCCUGGAUUUUUUUCUGGUAAGGUAAGAAAAAUCAUUACCCAUAUUACGUGCUAAAAUAAGAGGAAAAUUCGCCAUCCUGUUCCGGGAGUGUGAAAAUUGGUGAGAAAAAUUUAAGUUACGGAAUCGGAUACAAAAUACCUUCUGAGUUAUAAUCUGGUGCCCUCUUCUGUUGUGGGUUAAGCUUGUUGACUGGUUACAUCUGGUGUGAUUAAUUGAAAAUCAGCAGGGUGAAACAAAGUGUAACAAACGAGGAAAACUAGUGGCAAUUGUGUUGAUAAAUAACGAAGCUGAUUCAACGAAGCAUAUUCCAGUGAAGUGCAGCUUCUGGAAGCAGAAAAUUAACAAUCCUUAACCGUGGACUACGACUUACGAAAAGAAAUUAGCUAGAAUAUGUACGUCUCAUGUUCCAGACACAGCUAGCACGUGUGCCCCGAAGAACAGUGGAGCGUAAACCGGUUCGGCCACGACCGAUGCAACAGCGGUCCCCCCGCGACCGGAACCACCCAGCAGCAUUAGCAUUGUGUGUUUGGUAGUAGUGACUAGGUGACUACCACCCAACCCAACAUCCGCAGCAGCAACGCGAGAGUGAGCGAGUGAGCCAACAGCGCUAAACCGAGGCAACACAGCACUCACGUAUCGACAGACACCCGUCGAGGGUUUUCCUUUAGCCAACAGUCAGUCUCAAGCCGUCACUCGGAGUUGUUGUACGGCGGAUUAGUUCUGAAGCGCUCGAAAUAAACGCGGCUACGCGAGACGGUCGAACGUGACUCUAGCGAAUAAGUGGUAAUCGCGUUCAGUGGUCAAAGCUUCGCUUUACUCAAAGAAAAAAAACAUCGCGCCCGUGGAAAAGUGACCGCCGAUAGUGUUCUGAAAUCGCCUUUGUCUCGUGGUCAGGGCCGGUGUUUCACUGUUAGCCCAAGUGGGUAGUAUAAGAUAAGCAUAGGGCAAGGGGUACUUUACUAGAGAUUUCCUGCAUUUUUGCAAUGCAUACGCUUGCAUUACAGUCACAUAAAAUCACUCACGGUGCGUUUGUGCAAAUGAAAUAGUGCAAAUAAAAUAGGAUUUUAGACGCGAGUAUUGUGUUUCAGGUAAAAGCAGAACGAAGACGAGUGUGGUAGGAAAAGAAUAGAAAAAAGUAAAAAGGCCUAAAAGCACCGUUGUUGAAACUAGUGUAGAAGACUGAGAAAGCGAGCAAUAAUUGCAUCUAAAGUAAUUCAAAUCCUCCCUGCUCUCUAUUUCUCCAGCGUGUGUAUGUGCAAUCAAAAAAAGUGUUUGAUAAGUAGGAAAUUUUUGUUCAGUGUGGCAAGGAAAUAUUACCGCUCGAAGUUGAAUCGUUGGUAGCAGUGCAAAAGCGUAAAGUGCAACCGUAGUGGGUGAAAUCGCACCGGAGUGGGUUACACAAGAAGUUUUUUCCCCCAGCGCAGUCAACGUCGAAAAGAAUAGAAGAUAAGAAGUUCACACAAAUAAAAGAAAAACAAGAAGAAAUUAAAUGUGCUCAAUUUGCUGCGUGAUCUGAGGUGUUACUUCAACCAAAUGCAGUUUCUUCCCGUAGACUAAGCCCGUGCUACAACCUGUACCAACCUACGGAAAAAAGAAGCGGUUCUACUUAAGCUUAAGCUGCACCUUAGCCAGUUGGCAAACCUGCACGCCAUCGUUGCAAAACUGCAAUCAUGUUGGAUCGUGGACCAGUACAGCUAGACAACGACAAGUGUCGCCGCGAACGGGAAACACAUUUGACCGGAUCGCGUCUGGACCUCGCCAGUCUAUGCGGCGGACCACGCAACACCUCCAGAUCCGGCAGAACCAAUAUGGUCGAUUCUCACGGAAACGCGCUGCCACCGCUCAGCCCGUCUAGCAACAAUAAUUCGUCCUCGUCGACGGCGGCCAGUGACAUCGACCAGAAGCCGGUCCCGCUGACGCCGAGUGAGGCACUGAAGUACCAUGGAACCGGGCUAACCGACUAUGAAAAGCAGGAAAUAGAAAAGUACCCGGAAGUCUACUAUCUGGGUCUCGAUGCCUGCAAAAUUAACGCCAAGCCAGGCAGCACGCUUAAUUCGGGUUAUGAUGAUGACAAUGGCAGCUAUAAUAAGGUGAUUCACGACCACAUCUGCUACCGGUACGAGAUCCUCGAGGUCAUCGGAAAAGGUAGCUUCGGCCAGGUGAUUCGGGCGAUAGACCAUAAAACCAACAAGCAUGUAGCAAUCAAAAUCAUCCGCAACAAAAAGCGCUUCCACCAUCAGGCCCUCGUCGAAGUUCGGAUUUUGGACGAACUGCGGAAGAAGGACGUUGAUGGUUCAUACAAUGUGAUACACAUGCUAGACUAUUUUUACUUCCGCAAUCAUCUGUGCAUCAGUUUUGAGCUGAUGAGCCUGAACCUGUACGAGCUCAUCAAGAAGAACAACUACCAAGGAUUCAGCCUGAGUCUCAUCCGGCGGUUCUGCAACUCGAUAGUCAAAUGUCUCCGGUUGCUGUACCAGGAGAACAUUAUUCACUGUGAUCUAAAGCCUGAAAAUGUUCUGCUUAAACAACGGGGCAGCAGUUUGAUCAAGGUCAUCGAUUUCGGUAGCUCAUGCUACUCGCACCGCAAAGUGUACACAUACAUUCAGUCCCGCUUCUACCGAUCACCGGAAGUCAUACUGGGACUGUCGUACGGAACACCCAUUGAUAUGUGGAGUUUAGGCUGUAUACUGGCAGAACUGUACACGGGAUAUCCGCUGUUCCCCGGGGAGAACGAAGUGGAGCAAUUAGCGUGUAUCAUGGAAGUUCUGGGCAUUCCUCCGGAUGAUCUCAUCAAUACUGCCACCAGGAGGAGGUUAUUUUUCGAUUCCCGAGGCAUUCCAAGGUGUAUAACCAAUUCCAAGGGACGCAAGCGGAAGCCGGCAUCGAAAACUAUUUCCCAAGCGCUGCGCUGCAACGAUACAGUGUUCAUCGAUUUCGUCAGCAAAUGCCUGGAGUGGGAUCCAAAGAAGCGCAUGACACCGGAGGAGGCGGCCCGCCACGAGUGGCUCCAGCCGAGUGCCUCCUCGACGUACGUCUCGUCCAAAUCCAAGGAAAACAGUGAUAAUCAGCUCAGCUUUAUGCAGAAAUUGCAACGAUCUCAGCCAAUGACACCAAAUACAAUCCUUCCGGAGAUUAAAACUCCCUCCACCCGGCAACGCUACGUCAAGGAACGGGUUAAAGCAACAGAUCUCGAAUCAGCACAACAGCAAUACUCGUUACAUCGAUUGUACCACGCCCGCAAGACAACGUUGAAUGCAUCCAACAACAACAACAACAACAGCCACACCAGUAGUACCAACAUUAGCAAUCAUAACAUCAAUAAUAAUAACAACAACAGCAACAACAAUAUCAGCAUCAACCACAGCGGCAGCAGUCAGACAAUAAACUCCAGCAGCAGCAAGUACUCCUCGAAUCAUCACGUGGCUGGUGGUGGCGGCGGAGGCAGUGGCCACUACCAUCACCACGGAGGGAUGCCUCACUCUCAGAGCACUGGGGACGUGUCCGCCAUCUUUGGCCGCGCAUGACAUGGUACUCUCAGUAAGGCCAGGGACACCAGCAAAAUGAUCGGUAUGAUCUAGACGAUCCAAAUUUUCCAGAAUCGCCCCCCCGUACCUUACGCUGGCACCAUUUUAGAAUUAUAGGCCAAUUAUUCUAGGUCGUACCUUAUUGUGAAUAGUUUUGUAGUGAUGUGUAUAGUGAAUGGCGAAAUGCGCGAAUAUAGAUGAGGUAGAAUAAUAGGAAUUUACGCUAAUCAGUAUCCGUAAUCCUCAGAGAGUAAUUAUACCCUUCCACUGCCUUUCUCCCAAAUAUUAGAGAGGACUGUUUGCCAUUCAGUGCAGGGUCAUUCGAUGUAGACUCGUAGAUAAGGUGACCCAAAAAAGGGACGUGCAAAUCAUUUGUGUUGGGAAUCUCCUCAUUUCGGUUGUGUUGCCUUUGCGGGUUUGGUUCACAGAGGAGUUGAAAGAUUCACUGGAACAAUAACCAAUUGAUUGUCGAUCUACUACAAUUCUCCAUUCCAGUUUGGUUCGACUUUCGGAAAUCUGUGCAAGCAAAGGUCGAAAAGCAACAAAUUCAUGUAUUAAUUGUACAGUAUUAGAACAUUAAUGUUUGUCAGAGUGAAAUUAAGCGCAAGGCAUACACAAACCUUUGAUCUAUAUUCCAGACCGAAAAACAAACAACGGACGUAGGGAAAGUCUAGUAAAAUCUGUAUUCGUAUGAUGAAAACCGGUAAAGAUGAUUGUGAUAACUUCAAUGGGAUUCACGCUUCCCAGUUGACUCCAGAUGGUGGGGAUCAGUGAGCAGGAAUUUAUACUGACCAAUUGAGAUAAUGUGUAGAUUAUAAAUUUAAUUAACACAUUCGGUGUGUAGUCCGGAAAUAGUGGCCGGAAUAAAGUUUCGUGAGGAAAGUGUUGCAAUUAAUCAUAGUACGACUGACUUUUAACAAGAUAGAUUAAACUGUAUAAAGGGGUAAUCGUAACUUAUUGUUUAGUGACAGCCAGAUUCAAAAUAGCAGCUCUGAACAGCAAUGAAAUCGGUUUAAAUGCCAGAUUAAAACAGAUGCAUAUAUUUAACAUAAUAUUCAGGCGUCAAAGUAAGUGAUUUAUAAUGUGUAGUGGAAGUGUUUCAUUUAUAUAAUGUUACGACAAAUCAUCUUCAAAUUAAUACGUUUAAAAUUUCUUGCAAACCAAAAAAUGAAUUGAAAAUAAACGCUGAUCUUAAAGUUACUGGCUUCGAUAAGGGAUUUUUCAAAUGUUAAGUAAAUUAAAAAGCACCGCUAAAUUUCUAAACAUGCAAAAAUGAUGCUCUUUUCUCAGACACCACUAUGAUUGACGCGGAAACGCUAAAUUACUCUUUAACGAAGUGAAAUAUAUGGAUAUAUACUUAUAUAUGGGAAAAUUAUUUUAUGUACAUUCUUGUCAAACCGCAAAAUCGGAAAUAAAAAGAUUUAAUUCAUUA